AUGGGCAAAACGCUCUACUUGAAUGUGGAAAGUUUUCGUCGCUCUAUCGAUGUCUCUGACUUGAUCUAUCGCGAAUGUUCCGGUCAUAGUCUGAUCGACGAUAUAGGACUAUUCGGUUCAGCGGACGGACCCAAUCCAAUGGCUGUCUAUGAAAUUGCAUACACACUACCUGCACUCGUCUUUUUGCAGAUCGGCCUGGUCGAUAUGUAUCGUGAGUUGGGUGUUUCGUGUGCGGCAGUAUUCGGACACUCUUUCGGUGAAAUGGCAGCCGGCUAUGCUGCGAAUAUCUGCACGAGAAAGCAAUGCAUUCAAACGGCGUAUCAUCGUGCUCGUAUCUUACGGCAAGUCGAUGGGCGGGGUGCGAUGAUGGCAGUCAGCUGUUCUAGUGAGCAUAUCCAACCUCUAUUAGACAACCAUGAGAAAAUGUGGAUUGCAGCUUACAAUGGACCCAAUUCGUUGACAUUGGGUGGUGUCCAUGAAUCCAUUACGAGCAUCUCAAAUGAGUUAACUAAACAAAAUGUAUUUAACCGAAUCUUGAAGAUCAACAGUGCCUAUCAUACGCCACUGAUGACUUCUGUUCGUGCAGAAGCUAUAUCGAUAUUCAAGCAAACCCUCGCUGGAUAUGCAGUACCUUCGAUCCCGUACUUCAGCACAGUUACUGGACAAUGGAAAGAUGCCGGUUUUGAUGAAAACUACACUUUUGAUGGAAUCGAAGGUCCCGUUCUAUUCGAUGUCGCCGUCCAACAAUGCUUAGAACGAUUUGGUGCCGACACCACUGUCUUCCUCGAGAUGUCCGCCCAUCCUGUUCUGAGUUCAUAUUUGACCGAGAAUGGUUCCAAGUAUAACCUAUGCACACUGCAUCGCCAGCAAUCAGAGAUCGAAACAACAUUGAAAACUCUUGCUAACCUACGUAUUUAUGGUUUCUCACCUGCCAAAGCGAAUAUUUCGAAAGUCUAUCCCGCGAUGACGGCAUCGCCAUCACGUCUUCCGCAUUAUUCACCGUAUCCAUUUCAACGUCAGUAUUGUGUGAAAGAAGAUCCAGCGCAUCGCCUUCAACGGAUGGUGCCUAUCUGGCACAGUUUAGCCGGUCGGCCAUUCGCUCAUCCGUACACAACUUUUCAAACUAAGCUUUCUUUGAAGUCACACGUCUGGAUCCCAGAUCACUGUGUCCAGGGACCAGCCGUCUUUCCGGCAGCUGCCUAUAUCGAGCUUUGCAUGGAAGUAUUCAACUGUAUGUGUUUAACGAGUAUUUAUAUUGAAAAGGCAUUGAUUCUACCAACGGAUCCGAACAUCUACCGAACAGCCAGAGUUGUCCUUGAUGACAGUAGCCAAUCUCAUAUAUCGAUGUAUUCCAAAUUGAACGAAUAUGAUUCGGGAAAUUGGACGAAACACAUGACAGCUUCCAAAGGAGACUCGUCACCCUCUUCUACUGCCUCUAUGCCAGAAUGGUCGAAGGAUUUGAAAUCACGUUGUUCGUUGGCAACAAUCGAACAAAAGGAUGUCUACGGACGAUUCUCCAGCGUCGGCCUAGAUUACGGACCUUAUUUUCAAUGUAUUCAAACGCUUCAUCAGGGUGAUAAUGAAGCGUAUGCGCAUUUGAAUAUCGCUCAUCUGCCGAAGCCGUUGGUUAACUCGAAACAAUCACGGUUCAGUGUUCAUCCUGCAAUAUUAGAUUGUGCAUUUCAAGUUCUUCUCGGAACUCAGCGUUAUUUCUAUACAGCGUACGUCCCUACGUUCAUUGAGCGCAUUGAAUGGCGAAUUGAGACAAGUGAAUUGCCAAGAGAUUUAUACGUGUACGCUAGAACGAAGGACACGGGCUCCAAACAAGUCUUGACCGGUGACAUUUUCGUUGUCGAUGAGCAGCAAGAUCGUUUGGUCGGUAUGAUCAUUGGUUUUGAGGCUACUGCGUUAGGACAAUCGAAUCAGCCGCAACCACUUUAUUCUCUACGUUACCAGAAUAUUGAAACACCCAUGACGACAACAACUACAUCAGAAUUAAACAUCGUCGAAAUACCGACAAUGGUUAAAGAACAGGAAACUCUCUUCGAUGAUGCAUGUUCGGCAUACAUUGCUGCCUUUCUUGCCUCGAACCCAUUCGAUACGGAAACCGUGGAGAAAUGGCCCAUCCAUCGUCAACGCUAUUGGCAAUGGUUACACUCGACGAUAGAAUCGAAAACCAUCGUGCCAAAUGCAAUUGAAUUAAUUGAUCAAGAGCAAUGCAAAGCUCUCCAUUUCGAAGCACAAGCAAUCCAUCGUGUCGGAAAGAACCUAUCUCUUCUGCUUAGUGAUAACUUCGCCGUGCAGAAUGUGUUCUUCGGAGAAAAUGAUUCGCUCAUGGCUGAUCUAUAUUCCAAGUCGAUGACAUUUGAACCGUACACGCUCAUCCUCGCCCAAAGGCUCGUCGACCAAUUCAAGCUGAUUCAAGAGCAACACCCGAGUGAAUCAUCACGCGUCUUCUCAAUUAUAGAGCUAGGUGCCGGCACGGGUGCUCUCACUGCAGCGAUUCUCGAGAAACUGUAUCAGCAAACAUCGAUUAUUCAGGAAAAUCGGUUGAUAUAUGUUUUUACUGAUGUAAGUGGAAAGUUUCUGUCGGAUGCUAAAAAGCGCUUCUCAACAAUCUAUCCCUGCAUUCAAUACCAACUGUGCAAUCUCGACGCUGAUUUGUCAACACAAAAAUUGAAUCUGUAUUCAUUCGAUGUGGUUUGUGCUUUCGAUGUCCUCCAUGUGGCUCAAGAUUUAAGAUUGUGUUUGAAUCGCGCUCAGCAACUAUUGAAGCCCAACGGAUACCUUCUGUGCAUUGAAUUAACUCGACCAUGGACAUGGAUCGAAUUCUUUUUCGGCUUGUUUGCUGGGUGGUGGCACUUCACGGACACUACAACACGAUCAACAUGUUUUCUGACGGUCAGCAAAUGGCAGCAGCUAUUGUCCGAAUCAGGAUUUCAGAGCGUGCAAAUUGAAAACGAAGGACAAACCGAGUUCGCCCAUUCAUUGUUGAGUGCAAGACGUUCCGAUUGGACCACGACUCGAACAGUUACUUCUCCAGUCACGAUGGUUGACACGACAGAAGCGACUGAUAGCGGCCUUGAUUCACACAUGGAGAAACUAUUAGAACUAGCUCAAUCUCUAAGGACAGUCACGGAACCCACAACCGUCUUUGUCCUUACUUUGACGACCACUCCACCCAUGGGUGCAGCACUUACUGGGUUCACUCGAGUGUGGGCAAACGAAGCUACGCAGCACGCGAUCUGUUCCAUUGAGUUUGAUGUGCUGGAAUUGAAGGCAAAACAUGUGUGGUUGGAUCGUAUUCAGACAAUCGUCGCCAACACCUGGGAACGAGAAUUUGUUGUUCGUCAGCAAAGCAUUUUUGUGCCAAGACAUAUUCCUCGAAGUUUAAGAAAUGCCCUGACUACGAAAACCAAGACGGAUGAUCAUGAAAGCGACGCCUCGUCGAAUCAACAACAGCGACAAUCGUUCCGUCUGGAAAUCGAUACCAUCGGUCAAUUACAAACUCUGAAAUAUCGUUCGUUUUCCUCCACUACGUCAUUAUCACCGGAUGAUGUUCAAGUAGAAGUGCACGCUUCCGCACUGAAUUUCAAAGAUCUCAUGCUGGCACUGGGGAUGUUACAAAACCCCAUGGGUUUCGACAGCGAAACAUUGAGGUAUCAGUAUGGCUCAGUGAAUCUCGGUUUGGAGUUCAGCGGUGUUGUGACAGGCCUCGGUGCGACGGCUUUAGAAACAUUUCAAAUUGGUGACCAAGUGUUUGGCUUCGCUGACCAUUGCUUCUCCUCUCAAGUCACCACGCAUCGACAUUUCGUGGUGAAAACACCGUCUCAUCUGUCUCAUACGGAUGCUGUUUCACUUCCCAUUGUAUUUGCAACCGUUUAUGCAGCAUUGAUGGCCAAAGCGCAGCUGAAGCGAGACGAAACCGUGCUCAUCCAUUCAGCAGCUGGCGGCGUUGGCCAGGCGGCCAUCCAGUUGUCCCAAUUCGUUGGUGCUCAUGUUAUCUGUACCGUCGGUUCUGAUGAAAAGCGUGAGUUUUUAAAGAAAACGUAUGGCUGUACACAGUUUGCCAACUCUCAUUCCACCGCUGAAUGGAAAGCAGAUGUGCUGAAACUGACCGAUGGUCGCGGUGUGGACAUUGUCUUGAACUCCUUGAAAGGUGACGCCAUCUCCGCCGGUUUGGAAUGCCUGAGAACGGGAGGUCGUUUCGUUGAAAUCGGCAAGGUUGAUAUUUUGAAUCAUUCCAAGUUGGACAUGAAUUUGUUACUACGUGAUCUGACUUUUUUCAGUGUUCAAAUCGACAUUCUAAUGCAAAGUCAAACAGAGAGGAUCCAGCAGUACCUUCAUGCUGUUAGGACCCUGGCGGCGGAGAAACAUAUUUCACCUAUUGUCGAUAGUAUUUAUGAAUUGAAAGAUACGGAAAUGGCUUUUCGUUUCCUCAUGUCUGGUCAACACAAGGGAAAAUUAAUUCUGAACAUGCAGACCAAUCCACCAAAUGUGUACCCUUCCUCAAGUAUCUACAGUCCAACCGUCUGCUACAUUCUCAGUGGUGGCACGGGAGCAUUGGGUUUGCAAUUAGUUCAACAUAUGAGUACUCAUGGAGCUAGACAGUUCAUCUUGUUAUCCCGUCAAGGGGCAGCCAGCUUACGCAUGUCUGAUGCUGCCACGUUGGGUCGUCUUGAACGGUUCGGUAUCCGAAUCUACGUGGGAAAAGCUGAUGUCGCAAAACGAGAGGAUAUUGCUCGUGUUCUGCGCGAGGCUCAUGAAAACAUGUUUAUCUCAUUGGCCAAAGUCAGUAUUCUGCAUUUAGCAAUGGUUCUCGACGAUGCUCCGAUCGGAAAACUUAAUCUUCAACGCAUUCAAAACGUGAUGCAAUGUAAAGUUCAGGGUGCCAUUACUUUACUUCAAUCCAUUCCUGAAAAUCAACUCGAACAUGUCAUAUUCUUUUCAAGUGCUGCAUCCACUUUCGGUAAUCCGUCCCAAGCUAACUACAGUGCUGCAAAUGCCUUUCUCGAUGCGUACGCUGGUCAACUGUCAAGAACGUCAAAGAGAAAAGUCCGGGUGAUCAAUCUCGGUCUCGUCGAAGAUGUCGGUAUUCUGGCUGAAGACUGGAAAUUGAAACAAAUACUAACAGCGAAAGGUUUCGCUGGUGGUUUAACAUCGUCGGGUGUGGCCCAAGUUGUCGAUCAUGCAUUUCUCGUGGAUGACGACGAUGAGUACCAGAUGCUCUAUGGUAACUUUCAAAUGGAGGAUCUAGUACAUUCGUAUCCGAUGUUGAAAACUCGCCUGGAACAUCUAAUAAAUCAUACGAUAUCGAACAGCAAUGGUGGUGCAGGGGCCUCGUCGAAUGGCACCGAAGUGACCGUACAGUCGGUUGCUGCAUACAUCUCUACCUUGUUAGCCACCUCCAAUCUGGACGUUUCCGAAUCAUUGACAGUACAAGGGCUAGAUUCACUGUUGGCUGUGGAGCUGAGUGCUGGUUUGACGAAGCAAUUUGGAAUAGUUCUCAGUCAGUUGGUACUGUUAGGCGGAUUGUCCGUGAAACAAAUCGUGGAAUCCGUUACCUCAUGA